CGUGACCUGACCUAGUGUCACAAGCUCAGCCCUCCUUUUUGCGUUUGACAGUGCAGUUUUUUUAAACCGCUCUCUGCUCAAAUUGUGAGGCAGAGGAGGGGCCGACGCAUGUGGCCCCAAACUUCCCCGUCAGUUUUGGUUGUGAGACUAACGUGGAGCGCCGUCUCAAAGCACCUUAAACCAAACAAAACAGUCAGACUGAACAUGUUUCUCCGGCAAAGUCGAGCUCGCGUGGGAAAUAUCGAGAUUUAAACCCGUGCGUAAAGAGGACAUCGCAUACGAUGGAUCCGGCGAUCGCUGGGGAGAUCGAGGAAAGCGUUUUAAGGAAAAAUCUCAAUUCCUUUGGACUAACAGGAGAUCCUUACUUCGUGUGAAAGAGUGAUAUAACACCUAGCAGGUAUGAACUCUACGGCUGCAAAGGUUUACUCGAAGACGGCCACCAUCCCGGUGAUUAUGUUCAUUUUCGGGGUAGUUGGGAACGUCAUCGCCAUCAUGGUCCUCCGGAUUUCGCGAAAGGAGAAAAAGGAGACGACUUUUUACACACUCGUGUGCGGCCUGGCCGUGACGGACCUGCUGGGGACCCUGCUGGCCAGCCCGGUCACCAUCGUCACCUACAUGAAGGGCUCGUGGCCGGGGGGCGAGCCCCUGUGCCAGUACUCCGGCUUCAUCCUGCUCUUCUUCUUCUCGGUGCAGCUCAGCAUUGUGUUUGCCAUGUCGGCGGAGAGAUACAUGGCGAUCAACCACGCGUACUUCUACAACCGGUACAUCAACCAGAGGCUGGCCGCGCUUCUUCUCCUGGCCCUCUACGUCUCCAACGCGCUCUUUUGCGCGCUGCCCAGCGUGGGAAUCGGCCGCGUGACCAAGCAGAAUUCGGGCACCUGGUGCUUCAUAGACUGGAACAACAACGACACGACGGUCGUGACUUUUAAUCUGAUGUACGCCGGGGUGAACUCGGUGGUGGUGCUGGCCACGGUCAUCCUGAACGUGAUGGUGUUCGGCGCGCUCGUCCUCAUGCACCGGCGGUUCAUCCGGCGCACGUCGCUGGGAACCGACCAGCGGCGCGCCGCGGAGCUCCGGCGCAGACGCAGCUUCAGGAGGUUGGCCGGGGCAGAGAUCCAGAUGGUGAUCGUGCUCAUAGCCACGUCGGUCCUGGUUCUCACCUGCUCCAUACCUUUAGUGUGUAGGAUCUUUGAGAACCAGCUGAACACGGACGGGGACGAGGAGCCUUUGGGGUUGAACCUGAUGGCCAUCCGCAUGGCCUCCAUCAACCCCAUCCUGGACCCUUGGAUCUACAUCCUCCUCCGAAAAACGGUGGUUCUCAAGGUGAUGGAGAAAAUCAAGUGCCUCUUCUGCAAGAUGGGGGGGCGGGGACACGGGGGCGGCGGCCCCUUCCGCUGUGCCGACGGCUACUACGCCUCCUCCAUCAUCUCCAGGGACUCUCCGUCCAUGGUGUCCCGCCACCCCCACGAGACGAUGAGCGCCUCGCGGACUAUCCUGUACCCGGCCGAGAAAGACUCGGAGGAGCGGGGCCCGCUCCCGGCGGGGCCAGGGGGGGGGUCCACCCCGCAGACUCCCCAGACUCCACAGACUCCACAGACUCCCCGUGAGGAGGAGCAGCCUCGGAUAGCGCUCCUCCAGAGAGACAUAAGGCCGUGUGGGACGGGUGGCGAGCCCCCGGUGUGCCCCAAAGACCCAGAGCUGCACGUCACCUUCACCGACGAGACUGCAAACAUGCAAGAGAAGUGCAUUUAGCCGCCCAAACCAACCUCUACCAGGACAAGGGUCCAUGGUUUAUCGCCGUGGCAAUGAGGCCGAAUCACCGUCUGCCAGUCGGAUUCUUAAAGGAUGGCGAUUAAAGUGACAUUUCAAAGACCAUUACUGACUAUAUCCAUUAGGAACACACAGCUCGGCAGUAAUCAUUCACAGAGGUUUGAACUCUAUAAUUAUGUAAAAAGGCCAUGGAGAAGAACCUCCCGGAGGAGCUGGUUCCGGCCUCUGAAACGCUGCCGGCCUGCUGUUUUGGGAGCACUUUGGCAGCACUGUACUGUACAUUCACUGCAAAGCGUCCGCGUGAAAAUGUGAACACGUUAAUUUAAUUUGGAGUGCGGAGCCGCACGAUUGCCGUCUUCUCCGUGAGAAGGUCCACCGUAAAAACCCCUUUUCUUCGACAUGAAUAUGCUUGUAGUAUUUUUUUGUUGUCGUUUUUCGAAUGUGAGAACACUUUGGUCCCCGUCGGCAGGAAGAGCAGCUCGAAAAAACCACAGCUACAUUUACACUUCCUGCAUUUCACACAAACAAAAAAGGCAGCUAUAGGGAGAAAUGUCCAAGAGACACAGACACUAGAGGAUGAGAGGAGGCUUCUUAAGGUAAUUUUGUUGCAGUAGAAUUGUGCAUCAGGUCCUUUCUGCCCUUUUCUGUCCUUUGCAAGAAUCCAUCCUGAUUGUAGCUCAGUGCAAUUUCCUCUCAUCUAGUCGGACAGUUUGGGGAAAGCUGACAAAGGAUGAAAAUAGGAGGCAUUAACUGUCUGUAUGAUAGGUUUUCUUGAUCUGAUUUCCAGAUUAAACUUGGCUUUGAGGCAAUGCUGCUUGAAAAAGUCCUCAAAACUAAGCCACUCUCCUGUAAAUGGAUGUUUUACCGGACUCAUAAAUGAAUAAAGUUGACCAACGUCCACA